UUUAAUAAUAACUUGUGUUUAGUUCGCAAACUCAACACAAACACAAACAUUUGGUUUUGAUGUUUGCAUUGAUUGUAAACAAUAACUGAAAACCUGUCGACAAUUAUUGUCACACUUUUCAAUUGAUCCUAUCAUUUGUGUCCACAGUUUUUGUUUUGUUUUUGUCCAUCAAAUUACUACUCAAAUGAUUUUAAAACUAAUAUCUGUGACCAGUUUUAUAUGAAGAAGACAUCAGUGAUCGAUAACAAAAUGUUUUAUCAAAACCAAAGUAAUGGUUUAAACAGUUGGUCUCAAGUAGUUCCCUCACCUAUGCCUUGGGCUCACAGUCAGACCAACACUACUACCACCAACACCACACCCGUCGGCACUGUUUGGCCAGUGAAUAGCACGGCGACUUUUGAUCCACAUAUCAUGCAAUUUACGGCAAACACGACGACACCAUUGAAUUCUGUCUCUUCAUUAGAUAAUGAAUAUAUUGGACCAAAUCCAUUGAUAAUUAACAAUAGUUCAGUGCUGGAUGUGUUGUGUCCGGAUCCGUGUACUUCACAAACUGCCACUCGUUGGGAACUUUUGCAUAAUUUAACGACUGAUAGUCAACGGCGUGCAUCACAUCAGCAUUUGAAGCGACGAAGUGAUAGUUCCGACGAUGAUAUCGAUGACGACGGUCUUCGAAGGCCAGCUAAGCAAUACAUUAGUGAAGACAAAGUGUCAGCAAUUUUUAAUAGACUUCACAUCACUAACAGUGACUUUAAUAAAAAUGAUGGCAUAAAUGCUGUCAACGAAAACAUUGAUUAUGAAGACUUAGAUGACGAGUCAAACAAUGAAACAAUUGAUGCCAAGCAUAACAAUACAUUAGUUUUUGCUAAUGAAUUGCAAUCUGCAUUCAAAAAUAAAACAAUAACCGAUAAAUUGGUCCAAAACGAGAUCGACAAACACUCAAAAGCAUUGAUUUUAUGGCAACCAAACACUUCAAUAUUGACCACAAUAUCACUGAACUCCAAAUCUAGUAUUGAUAACGACAAUGACGUGGAGGACAAUGACAAUAGUGAAUCGUCUAAGACUAAUGACAACAUGAGUGAUGCCAUUGAGAUAAGUCAAGAAGAUUACGAAGAUUUUUAUGAUGAUAAUGACAUGAUAUUGGACUAA